ACCACCAGUGACCACCACUGACCAGCGCUCCCGGUGUCCCCGGUGUCCCCGGUGUCCCCGAUGGCGCCGGCCGCGUGUCCCCAGGCGCCGGUGGCCGCGCUGGCCGCGGUGGCCGUGGCCGUGUCCGGCUGGGGGCUCCUGGUGGCCGCGGUGGCCGCGGGCGUGUGGGGGAUGGGCGGGGGCCAGACCAGCGCUGUCACCGCUGUCAUUGUCACCCGCGGCCUGUGGGCCGACUGCGGCACCGACGCCAGCGGGGUCAUGUCCUGCGUGCCGCUGCUGUCACUCGUCACCCUGCCCGGGUACCUGCACGGCAGCCGCGCCCUGGCCGUGCUGGGGGCGGCCCUGGGGGCUCUCGGGGGGCUCCUGGGGGGGCUCGCGGGACCCCGAAAGGGCCCCCGGGCAGCGGGGGGGGCGCUGCUGCUGCUGGCAGGGCUCUGCUCCGCCGGCUCCGCGCUCUGGUUCGGCUUCGGCUCCGCUCAGGAAUUUUUCGACCCCUCCGUGAUGGGAACCAG